GGAAGAGACAGCCCGCUAGACCACUCACGCCCUAACGGCUGCUGGGAUUCGAUGACAAUGGUGACUCCCGUACCAUCUUUGCCUCCAACCGGGUCCGCCUCAGCCUGUUCUGUGGCACGCUCGAAUUCGAGCGCCAAACACGCGAUUGGCUCAAUCAUCGAACGUGGAUUUCUGCACUCUACACGCACUCCCACACACACACAACCACCUGGCCACAUCGGACUUGCGUAACUUCCUCUCGUACACUCUGCUUGGAUGGCGGCGUCUGGGAUGGUCUGGCCUCUCGUGUUUCUCGUGCUACCAAGCGCGUCCUGCAUGCAGCUGGCGACGAGCAGCUGGCGCGAACAUUUGACCGCCAACGCGACGUCCGCGCAGUCGAAGCGCGCGGAGUGCAGCGCGUUCCAGGUGGGUCAAGGCUGCUGCACGCCACUGGGAGAUACCGCGUCUGCGUGGACGUUCGCUUCGUUUGGUACGCAUGGCACUUGGUCCAGCACCCCGGCGUUCGUCCGGUAUGACUUCCACGACGAUACGAUCUGCGGUGGCGUGGCGAAUGCCAGGCAACAUGGGAACGCAGUUCUCUCCUUGAACGACGCUUCUCCCAUCGACCUGACCCUUUCGAUGACAGGCGUGGCGGAGGCCAAUUUCGAAAAAUUCCAGCUGUUCGUGGAUAACGUCCUGAUCACCACGGUGCAAGCUUCAAACGGCCACGGGGGUAGCGCGUGCCAGGUCAGCACCUGCAUCAUGUGCGAUGUCAACAUGCCCUCGCAGACGUUUUCGCUUUCACCUGGGGUGCACACAAUCAAGGUAGAGGUUGAUUCCUCUCGCUUCGCGGGGUGCACGUCCAGAGUACGUACAGUCAAGUCGUGGCCUGCACUUGGAGGCGCGCUGCGCCCAGUGGAGUUCGUGCGAUGAGCCACGUGCUGCACCUGGGGUCGGCGGAUUCUGUCGACGGUCUGUACCACAAUGGCGCCUUCUUCCAGAUCUCUUUUGGCAAAAGCAGCUCGACGUGUGGCGGGUGCACUUGCUCUGCGUCGACGCCCAGCCCGACGCCCUACCCCACGGCGACACCAUCUCCUACCCCGUAUCCGACGCCUUAUCCGACGCCCUCCCCGACGCCCUCCCCGACGUCUUUCCCGACGCCCUCCCCGACGCCGUACCCGACGCCGUACCCGACGCCGUACCCCACGGCGUUUCCGACGGCCUUCCCGACGCCGUACCCGACGCCGUACCCGACGCCGUACCCGACGGCCUUCCCGACGCCCUUCCCGACGGCCUUCCCGACGCCCUACCCGACGGCCUUCCCGACGGCGUUCCCCACGCCCAGCCCGACGCCCAGCCCGACGUACCCUCCAGGGUGGCCGACGCCGCACCCGACUUUCACUUCUGGAGCUCCCAUGGCAGGUGGGGCUGGAGGUGCGUCUGCAACUGGCGAUCCCCACCUGAUGAAUGUGCUUGGUCAGCGAUUCGAUUUGAUGAAGCCAGGCAAGCACGUUCUGAUAAACAUUCCUCGUGGAAGGCGUACGCACGCACUGCUUCGUGUUCAGGCUGAUGCGCGUCAAAUCGGUGGGCAAUGCGCAGACA